CACGUCCCGUCGCCUCCAUUUAAGGCGGGAGGAGCGGCGCGGGCGGCAGUUGCUGUGGUUUCCGAAUUGAGGUUGCGUUAAUUUUGUGAGAGCUGAAACUCGAGGACUUAAGAGUCUGGCUCCCAAGUUUAGCCGCGGGGAACUGUAGAUCAGGCGGCCAGGAGCGCAGCUUCUCAUCUUCGAACCAGGACCGGCCCCUGCUUUCCCUUAGCCACUUGGUGCUCGUAUCGAGGUCGGCUCCGGGGCGGCUGGGAAGGCCGCGGGCGAGAUGUUCAAAAACACAUUCCAGAGCGGCUUCCUCUCCAUCCUCUACAGCAUUGGCAGCAAACCCCUGCAGAUCUGGGACAAAAAGGUACGGAAUGGCCACAUCAAAAGAAUCACUGAUAAUGACAUCCAGUCCCUGGUGCUAGAGAUUGAAGGAACAAAUGUCAGCACCACAUAUAUCACGUGUCCUGCAGACCCAAAGAAGACGCUGGGGAUUAAACUUCCCUUCCUUGUCAUGAUUAUAAAAAAUCUGAAGAAAUAUUUUACCUUUGAAGUACAGGUACUAGAUGACAAGAAUGUGCGUCGGCGGUUUCGGGCGAGUAACUACCAGAGCACCACCCGAGUCAAACCCUUCAUCUGUACCAUGCCCAUGCGGUUGGAUGAUGGCUGGAACCAGAUUCAGUUCAAUCUGUCAGACUUCACUAGGCGGGCGUACGGCACAAAUUAUAUCGAGACCCUAAGAGUCCAGAUUCAUGCAAACUGUCGCAUCCGACGGGUUUACUUCUCAGACAGACUCUACUCAGAAGAUGAACUGCCAGCAGAGUUCAAACUGUAUCUCCCAGUUCAGAACAAAGCAAAGCAAUAACUGGAAUGCAACUCAAGGGAUAGCCCCUGGACAUGGCUCUUAGUUUAAAAAGGAAACUGUCUGGAGGACAAUGCGAAA